AUUGCGAGUGCUUGAGUGUGUCUGUUUUCCAAUUCCCACAACUUGUGCCUUCCCUUCGCUGCCUGCACAUGCGCAGUUCGACGGCUUUCGGCCUGCUGACACUUUCGAGCGGACAAACGGAUGGAUAACACAUUUCGAUCGGAAGGCCGUCGGCAGGAAUAUCUCUCGGGCAGGAAUCUCAAGUUUCCGACAUUUUCAUUGAGAGACUCGUCACGUUAUGAGGGACGUGGAAGUGACUUCUUCGCCGCACUGUCAAGACCACUGUGAAUCAAGUGGCAGACUGCCGAAGAAACGUCUCUUCGAAACCUCGGUGAACACCCCCAACUCUCAACAUGCUUUCGAAAAUCACGACUUCACUCUUUCGACCCGGAGCCGAAAAUCCUGCUGCUCCGAACAUGACCCCCCACCGCACUGGUUCACCGUGGAAAUACCUCCGAUCGUCUUACACUUGUUGGGCACAUUCCUCGCUCUCCUGGCGGGCUUCUUCCUCAGCGUCGGGGGACUCGCGAUUGGAAAAAUCCGAACUCUGAAACCGCUCGAAAUCAGCGGUUUGAGGAGUUUGCUCGCAUGCGUCUACCUCACCCCUCUUCUGCUCUACUUCAGACCUAAACACGACUUCGGGAAGAAGAUGAUGCUGGAAACGUUGGGAGUUUCCUUCGUUUUCUGCGUGAAAUUCGUGACGUUCAGCGUCGGCAGCACCCUCUUACCGCUGUCGGAGUUCUCCCUGCUUUGCAAUACCGUCCCAGUGUUCACAGCAUUCCUCGGCUGUCUCCUCCUUUCGGAAAAGUGCGGCUUCAGAGAAUGGAUGAGCUGCCUGAUCGUGAUGCUGGGAGUCGCAACAACUUUCUUGCCCAGAAUGAUAGGAGGACCCCCGAUGACCGAAGCUGAGGCAGCCCUGAAGACCGAGGCCACCGAAGGUUACAUUGUCACAGCCGUUUCCGCUCUGAGCAACGCAAUGGCGCUCUGCUGGCUGAGGAGGCUAAAAGAGGUUCACUCUCUGUUGGUAUCCUUCUACGCCUGCGCGAUAACCGCGAUCGUCUCCAUGGGUCUCUCUUUCCUUUUCGGAGGAUACAGACCACCGACGGAUAUGCGUGAUCUACUCUUUGUUGCAUUGGCAGCAUUUUGUAUGUUGUGCCAGGCGCUACUCCCAGCGAUCGCUUGCUCAUUGACCCAGGCGUCCAGAGUGGCGGUAGCCAUGACGUUCUCUGUCGUUUUCGCGUUCUUGUUGGAGGCGAUCUUCGAAGGCGUUCAACCCUCCGUAUACGCUCUUGCCGGAGGAGGGCUCAUAGUCUUGGCGAUGGUGGUCGGGAACUCACCUUGCGGUGACGAAGACGACCAGGGAUUGCUCAAGGAAGAAGACGGUCUAUCGAGGAAUUCACGCUACGGGAGCAUGAGCGCUGCCAUGGAUAACGUUCGAUAGCAUAGCCGACUUUCGCUCGGACGUUCCGGGAUUUAUUCCGUCUACGCGGAAAAAAAACUUCGCGCCUGGAGCCAUCGUCGCUGCGGCCGACGAAGACCUCGCUUCUGGAGAAUCUGCUUUAAGUGAUGAAGGAGAGGAAUCUGAGGUGUCCGACGUGGUCAGACAUACCGCGAACUAGACUAUAUUUUGGCCACACGGAACCAUCUGCCUACAUAUAUAUACUUAUCAGGCUGACUGAGUUUCUAUUUGACCCGGGUUACUACUCUUCGACUAAAUUACUGACUGCCUGGUAUACAAUCAUAUCCAAUCGCGCUUCGGGCCUCCACUCAGCGAGUUGAGACAGCACCAAAGCCUGAAUCCCGCGUUGGAUGUCUCUCAUACGAAGCGAAAAUGUGAUAGACAGUGUAUAUAGUGUAUAUACAUGGACCUUGACUUCGAACUCGACUACCUUUGCGUCCCGCGCGCGAGAGCAAGCAGCUCCGAUUUCCGAUGGGAAGACGCAAAUAAAUGUUGAAA